AUGGCUACCACUGCAUCAAACCUCUACUUCCUUCUAUUGGUAUCUUUUCUUUGUGGAAGAUUUGAAACAGCACACGCAAAUCAACUCAUAAAGCUCGGUGCUUCCCUAUCUCCCAUUGGCCGUCCCAGUUCAUGGCCUUCACCUUCUGGUCGAUUUUCAUUCGGCUUUUAUCAUCAAGACAAUGGCUUCAAAGUUGGAAUCUGGCUGUUCGAUGGGAUUAAUAAAACAAUUGUUUGGACUUCAAAUCGCGAUGAUCCUCCUGUUUCCUCAAAUGCAAGGCUUGUUCUGACCAUAAAUGGUGAGCUUCUUCUGCAAACAGGUCCAGGGCAAAACAGGGUUAUUGCUCAUAGUAACAAUGGAACUGUUUUCUAUGCUUCCAUGCUUGAUUCUGGAAACUUUGUUCUGCGAAACAAAAGUUUAGAAAUCCUUUGGCAGAGUUUUGAUUACCCAACUGACACCCUAUUAGGGGGACAAAUUCUACCUACGGGGGGUCAAUUGUUAUCGAGUUCAUCAGACACGAACCAUUCUUCUGGAAGGUUUCAGCUCUCAAUGCAGGCUGAUGGAAACCUUGUUCUGUACCCACGGUAUUCUGCUGACACACCUUCGGAUGCUUACUGGGCCUCUAAUACUGAUUAUGGCACUAGUUUCAAAUAUUAUCUUUUGCUCAACAGCUCAGAUACUCAGCCUCUAAAUAUUGUGAAUGCCAGUAGUUCCAACUCAGAAAUUCUUUGGAGGGAUGUUACCAGCUUCAACUUCUCCAAAGGGAACAACACUAUUUAUCGUGCAACUGUUGAUUCUGAUGGAGUUUUACGACUCUAUGCUCAUUUUGACGACGCAAAUCGGAAACAUCAAGUUACAAACUUCUGGUCACCGCGAGAUUUGGACAACCUUUGUAAAGUGAAGGCUUUUUGCGGGUUCAACAGCUACUGUACCAUUAAUGACAACCAGCCUUACUGCAAUUGUCUUCCGGGAACUGAUUUUAUAGACCCAAGUUACCAUAAUCUUGGAUGCAAGAGGAACUUCUCAGAAGCAGAAUGUAAAGGUAGAAAAGAUAAUGCAACUUUUUAUUACAUGUCCCCUAUGAGUGAUAUGAGCUUGGGUGAUCUUCCUUACGUUGAAGAAGAGAUUCGGGAGGAGGAAUGCUCGUCUUCUUGUUUGCAAGAUUGCUAUUGUGGGGCUGCCUUUUAUGACAAUAAUCGCUGCAAGAAACAAGAGUUUCCAUUAAGAUAUGUCGGCAGAGAAACACAAGGGUCCUCUUCCUCACCCUACACAUUAUACAUCAAGGUGGGAAAUCAGAGUCUCAAAAGCAGAGAUGAACCCAACCAGCCACCUCCCAUCAAGACUACGAGUAAGAAAGCAAUUAAGGUGAUCAUUCUCAUUGUCUUGGGUUUUGCAAUUCUUUUAUGUUCAUCUGUUGCAGCCUCUAGCCGAUUUAUAUACAACACUGGAGUUUUAAGUUACAAGAGGUUGUUGGAGAUUGGAGAUUUAGGCUUGAGCGAUGGGAUUACUCUGAGGGUAUUUUCAUACAAUGAGUUGAAGAAAGCAACAGAUAGUUUCAAACAAGAGGUGGGUAAGGGCUCCUUCGGAUCCGUUUACAGAGGAACUUUACAAAAAGGAAGAAAACUGAUUGCUGUAAAAAGGCUGCACAGAUUAAUUGAAGAAGGAGAGAGAGAAUUUCAAGCAGAAAUGCAAGCCAUUGGGAAAACACACCACAAAAACUUAGUCCGCUUGCUGGGAUAUUGUGCUGAGGGAUCUAAAAGGCUUCUAGUUUAUGAGUACAUGAGCAAUGGCUCCCUUGAGAAGCUCAUCUUUGGUGAUAGCACCAUACGUCCAGAUUGGGAGCAGAGAAGAAGGAUAGCAUUGGACAUUGCAAGAGGCUUACUAUAUCUGCAUGAACAAUGCAAGGCUCCCAUCAUUCACUGUGACAUAAAGCCUCAAAACAUAUUGAUGGAUGAGUUCUUGACAGCUAAAAUAUCAGAUUUUGGGUUAGCAAAACUUCUAAUGCCUGAUCAAACAAGAACCUUCACCCAAGUUAGAGGGACAAGAGGUUAUUUGGCUCCGGAAUGGAAUAAGAACACUCCAAUAACAGUGAAAGCGGAUGUUUAUAGCUACGGAGUAAUGCUUUUGGAGAUUGUUUUUUGCAGAAGAAGCCUAGUGGUGAACAUGUCAAAUCCAGAACAAAUUGUUCUAUCAAAUUGGGUGUACAAGUGUUUUGCUCGGAGAGAGCUAAACAAGCUGGUUGUCGGGGAAGAAGUGGAUAAUAGUUUACUGGAGAAUAUGGUGAAAGUGGGGUUAUGGUGUAUUCAAGACGAGCCUUUUCUUCGGCCAUCGAUGAAGAGUGUGGUGUUGAUGCUUGAGGGAGUUACUGAGGUGGCUGUUCCUCCUUGUCCAUCCCCUGAUUCUAUUUGA